AUUUUAAAAUAAUUAAAUAAAAUUAUUAUAAGGUACAAAAUUUAAAAUCUAAUUGAUAAUUAUGCAAAGUCAAUCAUCAAAGUGUGAGAUAUUUCAAAAAAAAAAGGAAAUAAGAAAAAAAAAAAACUAAGGUGGGACCCUACAAAGCCCAACGGCUAACGCUGCAGUAAAAGCCGAAAUUCAAAUAGAAAGCCCAAAUAGGGAAAUCUGCGUUGUUGCUUCUGAAAACUUUGUUUAAAAUUCCAAGCACUAUAACGGUCAAAUUCCAUUUAAACUGCUUUUUCUAUUUUGUAUCUUCUUCUUCCUCAAAUUUCUUCUGCAAAAUCAAGAUCUUGUUGUUUACUCUCAAAAUACUUCUCUAAUGGAAGUCGAAACCAGUUCCUUGAACACACCUAGAUCUAUCAAAACUUGCAUGGACACCAGUUUCAUCUCCAAAGUUAGAGUAAUUGUAAGAGUACGCCCUUUUCUCCCUCAAGAAAUCGCAUCAAAAAAUGGCACUCUAACAAGUUGUUGUAUUUCUGUUAUUGAUCGAGAAGAUUGCGAGUCUGAAGAGGAAGUCACUGUUCGACUUCAAGAUCCUGACACCAGCCGAAAGGAAUGCUAUCAGUUGGAUUCCUUCUUUGGUCAAGAGGACAACAGUAUUUGCAAGAUUUUUGAGAGAGAAGUUAGACCUUUGAUUCCCGGUAUUUUUGAGGGUUUUAACGCUACUGUGUUUGCUUAUGGAGCUACCGGUAGUGGAAAGACCUACACCAUGCAGGGCACUGAUAAAUUGCCAGGGUUAAUGACACUAGCCAUGUCAACUAUUCUGUCCAUGUGCCAGAGUAGAGGAAGUAAAGUAGAUAUUUCUUAUUAUGAAGUAUAUAUGGACAGGUGUUACGAUCUUUUAGAACUCAAAGCAAAAGAAAUUGAAAUUCUUGAUGAUAAAGAUAAGCAAACUCACCUCAAGGGAUUAUCUAAAGUCUCAGCUAAUUCAAUGGCUGAAUUUCAAGAGGUUUUUGCUAGAGGAACUCAGAGGCGAAAAAUUGCUCAUACGGGUCUUAAUGAUGUUUCCAGUAGAAGCCAUGGAGUACUUGUUAUUCGUGUCUCAACUCCUUGCUGUGAUGGUUCUGGAGCUGUUAUUAAUGGGAAGCUUAACCUCAUAGACUUAGCAGGUCACAUUUUCACCUACCUCAAAUUGGGCAUGGGUAACGAAGAUAACAGAAAGACUUGCAAUGAAGGGAUACGCCUGCAAGAGAGUGCCAAAAUUAAUCAAUCGUUGUUUUCAUUAUCAAAUGUGAUUUAUGCACUGAACAACAACAUGCCCCGAGUACCAUAUCGAGAAAGCAAAUUGACCCGGAUACUGCAGGACUCUCUUGGAGGAACUAGUCGUGCUCUGAUGGUUGCUUGUUUGAAUCCGGGAGAGUACCAAGAAUCUGUUCAUACUGUCAGCUUGGCAGCUAGGUCACGCCACAUCUCAAAUUUUGUUUCUCCAGCUCAAAAACUAGAGACUCCCAAGGUUAAAGUCGAUAUGGAGGCAAAACUGCGUGCUUGGUUAGAAUCAAAAGGCAAGAUAAAGAGUGCACAACGAAUAGGUGCAUAUGGUUCUCCAUUUCCUGCGAGUUCUAUCAAGAAAUCCAAUUAUCAAAGCUCCGUAAAAGCAAAAGGAAAUAGCAACCGGGACAUUUCUGAUGCUAAAGAGAGGACGAAGCCUGUACCUUUCAGAACUCUGUUCAAUGAUGCUUCUCUGGAGAAUUUGCAGUCUGUUGCCAAGGACAACAGAAAAGAAACUAGUGCUGAUUCUGAUGAAACUGUCAUGCAAUUAACCACAGAACUUCCAGUUGAGUUAUUGGACAAGGGGCAGAAAAGCACAGAACAAGCAUCACAAGUUAGUGAGAGGAAAACUACACUGGAAAGUCCUUUGAGAAAAGUUAUCUCCCCCAUCAACUCAAAUAUAAACUGCUUUGCCUGUGAAGUAGUGCCUGCAGAACAGAAGAGUUCAGCUUUCUUUGAGCCAAAGACUCCAAUUACACCAUCCACUGCAACCCGCACAAAUGACCAGUUUGCGGCAGCAGUAACCCCGCUAAACAAAUUCAAUGCCAUGAGCGCUACUUUGAAGAGCUCUCUUGUGCAAGUGUAUGUUGGCUUCCUGAAUUCAGCAAGCAGAGAGGAACUAUUGGAAAUCAAUGGGAUUGGAUUGAAAAUGGCAGAGUACAUCGUUGAACUUAGAGAAACUAGCCCCUUAAAAUCGUUGAGUGAUUUGGAAAAGCUAGGACUUUCAUCCAAGCAGGUUCACAACAUGUUCAGCAGAGCUGCAAGAGGGAUAUUUGAAAGGCAAGAAGUUUCUACUACACCCAGUAGGUCGAAUAAUUUGUCCAUGGAUACUUCAUCCAUCAAUCAGACUACAAAUCAAGCUUUAAUUGCAGAAUGAAAUCGUAGAAUAAGUUUGUAUCUACCACCCAGAACGGCCUUAUUUUGUGUGAUAUUAGCAGUUUAACAUAAACUAGGAUAUGUUACGAGCAGGCAGUCUACUUGGCAUGUCGAUAACAGUACAAGUGACAGAAUCGCAAUUCUCCACUCCUCACUUGGCUUGUAUAAGAUGUAGUCUUUGUAACAUGUGUUUUUCCCUCAAAAGUAUGCAUGUGUUGAUAUUCUACAAAUUUUCCUA